AUUUAUUAUAAAAAUGGAUAGACAACUUAAAUUAGACACUUAAUUGAAUAAGACUGCUUUUGAUUUGGUUACCUAUACAACAGUUGGUAUUUGUAUAUAUAUAAAAACAAAUUAGGAUACUUUGUAGGAGUUGCUGCUUCUGUAUUUUUCAAGAGAAGAGCAUUUAUACGUAAUUUGAGUGCAGGUGUUUUUGCUGGAUUUGCUUUCAAUGAAAAUCAAGAGGCCUUUAAUAGACAGCUCUGAAAUAUU